AGGGAGGGAGGAUGACAGCACCGUGAAGAAAAGCAGGGGACCCGCUGCCGUCCCUCCUCCCGCACGGCAGGACUGGGCGAGCGAGCUCCGCGGAGCCACCGCCGGCAGGCCUGGCAAGAAAGAGGAUGCCCUAGCCCAGGACACCUUCCCAGUGGAUGGGAGGGACGUUUGUGUGUUCCCCAUGGAGAUCCGACGUGCUUUACCCCAGGAUGUCCGGGAGCUGCUGCACUUCCUGAAGGUGAGGAGCAAGUACGCCGUCCUGCUGGUCUUCGUCGUCAGCCUUGUCAUCAUCGAGAAGGAGAACAACUUCAUCUCCAGGGUGUCAGACAAGCUGAAGCAGUCCCCUCAGGCACUGGCAGAGGCCAACGUCACAGAGGUCAGCCCGGCGCCGGCCGAGAAUGGCUCACUGGCCUCGCUGCAGGAGCUGGACGCUGCCUUCUCCCAGCUGAGGUCCCACCUGAACAACCUCACCCUGCAGCUGGCAGGGGACACAGACCCCGGGCCGCGGCGGCACGUCCUGCUGAUGGCCACCACCCGCACCGGCUCCUCCUUCGUGGGGGAGUUCUUCAACCAGCAAGGCAGCAUCUUCUACCUCUUUGAGCCGCUCUGGCACGUCGAGAAGACGGUGUCCUUCCUGCCGGGGGGAGCCAGCGCGGUGGGCUCGGCCUUGGUUUACCGAGACGUCCUCAAGCAGCUCCUCCUCUGCGACCUCUACAUCCUGGAGAACUUCAUCUCGCCGGCGCCCGAGGGCCACCUGACGCCCUUCCUGUUUCGGCGGGGCUCCAGCCGCUCGCUCUGCGAGGAGCCCGUCUGCACGCCCAGCACCAAGAAGGUCUUCGAGAAGUACUACUGCAAGAACCGCCGCUGCGGCCCCCUCAACAUCACCCUGGCCGCCGAGGCGUGCCGGCGCAAGCAGCACGUGGCCCUGAAGACGGUGCGCGUCCGGCAGCUGGAGUUUCUGCAGCCGCUGGUGGAGGACCCUCGGCUGGACCUGCGCAUCAUCCAGCUGGUGCGGGACCCCCGGGCCGUCCUGGCCUCCCGCAUGGUGGCCUUCUCGGGCAAGUACGAGACCUGGAAGAAGUGGGCGUCCGAAGGGGAGGCUCCCCUGCACGAGGAGGAGGUGCAGCGGCUGCGGGGCAACUGCGAGAGCAUCCGCGUGUCGGCCGAGCUGGGGCUGCGGCGGCCGGGCUGGCUGCGGGGCCGGUACAUGCUGGUGCGCUACGAGGACGUGGCGCGGGCGCCGCUGCGGAAGGCGGAGCAGAUGUACCGCUUCGCCGGGCUGCCCCUCACCCCCCAGGUGGAGGAGUGGAUCGGCAAGAACACGCAGGCGCCCCACGACGGCAACGGCGUCUACUCCACGUGCAAGAACUCCUCGGAGCAGUUCGAGAAGUGGCGGUUCAGCAUGCCCUUCAAGCUGGCGCAGGUGGUGCAGGACGCCUGCGCCCCGGCCAUGCAGCUCUUUGGCUACAAGCUGGCCAGCAGCCCCGCUGAGCUGGCCAACCGCUCCUUCAGCCUGCUGGAGGAGGCACAGCCCUCCUGGGUCACGUAACGGCACCGGGGGACAGCGGCGGGGCGGAACGAGGGGCUGCGGCCCUGCUCCCGGCCGGUCCGGAGACGACCUGGGGGUCCCUGCUCCUGAAAAUGCUCCUGGCUGCUGCCACGUGGCAGCCCCAGGAGCCGGAGCAUCCUGGCAGAGCUGACCCCAGAGUCCUGCAGAGCCUGAAUUACACGAUUUCCCUGGAAACGGGGAAGAGGCAAGGGUGAGGGGCAGUGGGUUCGGCACCAGGACCACCUCCCCAGCUCGGGAGCUGCACUGAGGAAGAGGAGGGUGAGGGCAAGCAGAGGGUGACAGGACCAAGCACCUUGCAUUGCUUCUCCCUGUCCCAGCUGGGACAAGAUCACUGUGGUGCCAGCAAAGACACAGACCCCAGAGGCCUUACUGGUUUUGUGCCUUCAUACACCAGCACAGACUGGGAACUGCCCGCGGAGCCCUGGACGGCACUUGGGCUGCAACAAAAUGAGGUGACUUUGUGGUUUGCUGCUCUUCAAACUUGGUUUGGGAGGUUUGGUUGUUUUUUUUUUUUCCCUUUUUUCCUGUGUAUUUGCAUACCAGGUGAAUUUAUUUAUUUAUUAUGUGAAAAGGAGGGGGGAGGCUGGUCGAAGAGCUAAGCCCAAAAAUCAGAGCAGCACAACAUACCACAAAGACACAGGGAGACACUCAGAAGGGAGGUCUCAUUCUGGCUGGAGAUCAACACAUGUCCUGCUGUAUGAUCCUGGGAGAGCCCCCAGGGACUGAUGGGCUGUAAACCCCCCAAACCCCGCGAGGGAGCGACUGCGAACUUCGGCGGUGCUGAAAGAUGGUCGGACUUACUUGAUUAAAAAACAAAAACACCAGUACAGAGUUCAAAGCCUCCCCUGUCUUCUUAGCAUUGGUGGGUGCACCCUGCCCCAGGGGGAGCCCCAGAAAUACAGGCCAGCAGCACUGGGGGGGUGACCAAACCUGGUGGAGGCCCAGGGAGUUUCAGGGUGUUUGCCACGUGCAGACGUUCACCCCAUGCCAAACUACCCCAUCCAAUUCACAUUUCACUGAUUAAAAUGCCCAUUUUUAGCUCUCUUUGCAGCACAUCCUUUUCCUCCCCUGAGCAUUUUGGGUUACAGCAGCCACCUGAGGGAGAAGCCAGGCGUUUUGGUGGAGGAGAACGGUUGCCUCCACCUAAGACUUGCUGAGGAGCCCCAAAGGCUCCCAGCAGCCGCACGUCCCCCCUCUCCCCAAACUGGAACUGUUGGCCAGAAAGCAAAAAUAAAUAAAUAAAACGAGGCGGCGGCUGGGCACAGCUGGGCUGUGCUUCUGCCGGCCGAGAGGAGCGUGCUGGGGCUCCAGCGACGGGCUGCGGCUGGGCUGAGCUCACAAAGGCCGAGUUUUUGACGCCGGAGGGAGAACAGAGGCGGCAUUGAGGAGCGCGGGGCCGGCCGGCGGGGAGCAGCCGCGCCGGAGCCCUGCACAGCCACCCGCCCGCCCCGGAGGCGCAGGUUUUCCGAGCGGGGCCGGGCAUCAUCUGCCCUCAAGGUGUGAAUUCAGGGCGCUCGACACGGGCUGCAUGGGGAGAGGGUGCAAAAGCGGGCGUUUUUUUGGCGCACCCUCAUCGCUGACAGGCGGUGGAGAGCGUCAGCCCCCUCCCUGCCUCGCACACAGCUCUCGGCAUCACAAGCAGCUCUGGGUUUGCUGAGUGAAUCGGGUUUUGUUUGGAGGCUUCCUGCUGGGAAAGCGGCAGGGUCGCUGAGGUCGGACGGAUAUUCCGCAGCUGAGCGCCGGGAGAAGCUCACAGAACUCAGCCAGAGCUGGGGGGGAACGCGGCCGGACCCAGGUCACGGGCAAAUCCCUCUGGGAAAGUACCGCUAGGUUGGCUUUUGCAGAGAAAAUAGAGUUUAAAUUAAUCGUUUGUAAAACGGCACGACGGGUGAAUAGCUACUGAGCUGCCACAGGCGGGGAGGGGAUGCCCAGCAUCCCCCUCCCAUCCAGCGUCCGGGAGGCUUGGGAAAAUCCAGGUUCAGGGGCCAAGGACACGCAAAUCAGGGAAAUACAAAGCAAGUGUCGAGGGAACCGGGUGCUGGGCUGAGCCGAGGCCAAGAGGGGACAGUGACAACCAACCAUUCUCACCUGGGCUGCCUCAGCCCCGGCUGGCCCCAGCCUGUCAUUUCUAGCCAAGCACGAGCAUUCGUCCCUGGAUACCCUCCAGCUUCCCGUCAGAAACGUCGCAGGACAGAGAGAAAACACGCCCCCGACCCAUGCAGAUUUCCGCGGGGCUAAUUGCUCCCAUUAAACCCGCGGAGCCGUGACUCCCGCCCGGUGCCAGGCGCGUCGGGAAGCCACGGGCGACACGCGGCUCAUCCCGAGACUAGAGCAGCUGAACUCCCCCUGUGCCGACUAGGGGGAGGUUUGUCCCCCCAGGAGAGGGACCUCCUGCUCCCCCUGCUCUGGCUGCUGCCAGGCCUUGCUCAGCUCUUUCCCUAGAGGAGGACAGGCACGGAUUUGGGAAGAAAAGCACUCCUUGGGAAAGCCACAGCAAGAGACAAAGCCUUAGAGCAGGGACAUACCUGCAUCCAGACGAAUCACGCAGGAAGCCCACAACAGGAGCUGCAGCAAACACAGCCUUUCUCCCUUCACACACAAAAAAAACCAAACCACCCUCUUUUCCAGGGAUUUAAGCUUGUAGAAAUAAAACACACCUGGAAGGCUCGGGCUUGCCUUAAAGUAAGCACCCUGUUUCCCACCCUUUCAACAACCUGCAGCUGUACUGCCUCUGCCACAGCUGUGCUUUGUGGGGAAUCGGACACACUGUGGUGAUGCUUGUUGUCACCAAAGAGACCCUUUCUGCAAGAACCCCAAGAGCAGCGAGGGGACACGUUCCCCCUGGGGCAGGGCCACCUGCCAAAACUGCUUCUCCUCGGGGUCACUGCAGGUGACACAAAAUGAUGUAGCAACAAUGAGAGCUUUAAUAAAUGACGGAUGUGCUCUUGAUGUUCUCCUCUCAAUGGGAUCUUUGUAGGGCAAUGCUUCCCUCA